AUGGGGACUGUUCUGAUGAGCCGAGUGUCCAUCAUUUUUUUGCUCUGCAUUUCUGCCCUUGUUUCCGAACAACUUCGCUACUCGAUUCCCGAGGAAAUGGAACGUGGAACAUAUGUUGGCAACGUAGCUGAUGAUCUAGGAUUAAAGGUUUGGGAAUUAUCGAGUCGCAAAUUUCUUCUGAUUUCUGAUUACUCGAAGAAGUACAUGGAGGUAAACGUAGAAAAUGGUUUCCUCUUUGUUAAUGAAGGAAUCGACAGAGAACAGCUUUGCAGCAAAACCGCGGCCUGUUCUCUCUCUUUCCAAAUCACGCUCGAUAAUCCUUUGGAAAUGUAUCCCGUUAAAGUGGAGAUACUAGACGUAAAUGAUAAUUCACCCGUCUUUUCGAGGAAGGAAUUCUAUUUGCAAAUCAAUGAGUUAAUUGCGCCGGGCGCUCGCUUCCCUCUCGAGAGCGCGCGUGAUCUGGACGUGGGUACAAACACAAUCCACACAUACCAGAUCAAUCCGAACGAGCACUUUGAUAUUAAAGUGCAGACAAGAAGAGGAGGCAGUAAACGGGCCGAACUGGUAUUAAAGAGAUCUUUGGACCGUGAACAACAGUCAAUGUUUACUCUGGUAUUGACAGCCAUCGAUGGUGGGAUUCCGCAGAGAUCUGGCACAGCGCGGAUCAUCAUUAAGGUCAUGGACGCAAAUGAUAACGCCCCCGUAUUCGAUCAUGAAACUUACAGGACGUCAACGGUAGAAAACACCGUGAAUGGCUCUUUGGUGCUAAGAGUUCAUGCUACUGAUAUUGAUGAAGGGACAAACGCGGAGGUAACAUAUUCUUUCACCCACGACGUUUCCCAGAAUAUUCGUGAUUUGUUCAAAUUGGAUCCUGUGUCUGGAGAAAUCAGAGUUCGAGGUGUACUAGAUUUUGAAGAAACAAAUGUUUAUGAGUUUGAAGUCCAAGCAAUGAACUCCGCUCCACCUGAAUUGUCAAAUCUUGCAAAUGUUGUCAUCGAUGUUGUUGACACUAACGAUAAUCGUCCUGUUUUGCAAGUUACGAUGGUGUCCGGUGCUGUGCGGGAAGAUGCUUCUUCGGGAAUUUGUAUAGCACUGAUCAGCAUCACGGAUCGUGAUUCUGGCGAAUAUGGGGAAGUUUAUUGUGAGAUCCCAGAGAAUAUUCCCUUCAAGAUUGAAAAAUCUUUGAAGGGCAACUAUAAGUUGAUUACCAAUGGCUUUCUGGAUCAUGAGAUUACCCCACUGUACAACAUCUCCAUUUCAGCCUGGGACGGUGGAUUUCCUCCUCUUUCAGCAAGUAAAUUCAUUGUGGUUUCAGUAAUUGAUGUCAAUGAUAAUUCACCAAGUUUUACGCAGUCGUCAUAUAACGUGUAUCUGAUGGAGAAUAACGCUCCCGGUGCUUCUAUAUUUGCAGUUAGUGCAAAUGAUGCUGAUUUGAAUCAGAAUGCGGAAAUUUCUUAUUCCAUUGUCGAUAAUCGACAGAAAGAAGAAAUACCCUCCUCUGCGUACUUUGCGAUGAACUCCAAAAAUGGGAACAUUUAUGCGUUGCGCUCCUUCGACUACGAGCAACAGAAACAUUUCCAGGUGAAAGUUCAAGCUCAGGAUGCUGGGUCGCCUCCAUUGACCAGCACUACCUUCAUGAACGUUAUUAUUUUGGAUCAAAAUGACAAUGCACCCAUUAUUCUUUCACCUUUAACAUGGAACAGCUCAGCAACAGUGGAGGUAAUGCCCCAUUCAACAUAUCCAGGAUAUCUGGUCACCAAGGUAAUUGCCACGGAUGAAGACUCUGGUCAGAACGCAAGGCUUACCUACGAGUUAUUGGAAACCACUGAUACUAGUCUUUUUACUGUUGGACAUCUCUCCGGAGAAAUUAGAGCAACGCGAGCAUUUAGUGAUCAAGAUAUCAUUGACGUGCGCGUGGUCCUCUGCGUGAAGGACAAUGGACAGCCGAGCCUUUCCAGCAGCGCCACAAUAUCCUUUAUCGUAAUGUCCAAUGUUACUGAGAAAUCAUUUGAACAACGUGAUGAACCCAGACACUCGGAAUAUUUUUCAGGUAUAAAUAGUUAUCUAAUCAUAAUUUUCGGAUCCACUUCCUUUUUGUUUCUCAUAAUAAUAUUAUUUUUGCUCACCCUGAAGUGCAGACAAGAUAGAGAUACUGCUGAAAUUUAUAACUCUGCAGUCUGUUGUUGUAAUGGGAGAAAUUCGACUGAUGGCUUUAAUCGGACACCAACAGGAAGGGAUCCUUUGAAUUAUAGCGGGGCAGUUCAGGCCGGAAGUUAUCAUUACAGUGUGUGCUUGUCACCGGAAUCAUCGAAGAGUGACUUUCUGUUUUUAAAACCUUGUCAUUCUACGUUGCCUUUCAACGAUCGGAGUAUUCAUGAUAGCAACCGACUGUGUUUGGAGACGUAUUUCCAAAUCAGGAAGAUGAGAGCCUUGGAGAAAAACAUGCAGGCCGUGGUGUUCCCAAAUAUCUGCUGUCCUGGCCGAUAUGAUGGAGGUCUAGCUUUAAGAGUAGUUGCAGUUAUUGGGCGAAACUCUUCGUGUCGCUGUCGACCAAUAAGAAUUCGAGACGUUGGAAGAGAUCGACCGCCUCCUCCUUCACAAACAGAACCAUACCGGCAGUCUAGUGUCUGCGUUGCUCGUGUGCGGUCACGGUCAGAAAAGCUCUCCAGUAUGACAAUGGGGACUGUUCUGAUGAGCCGAGUGUCCAUCAUUUUUUUGCUCUGCAUUUCUGCCCUGGUUUCCGAACAACUUCGCUACUCGAUUCCCGAGGAAAUGGAACGUGGAACAUAUGUUGGCAACGUCGCCGAUGAUCUAGGAUUAAAGGUUUGGGAAUUAUCGAGUCGCAAAUUUCUUCUGAUUUCUGAUUACGCGAAGAAAUACAUGGAGGUAAAUGUAGAAAAUGGUUUCUUAUUUGUUUAUGAAAGAAUCGACAGAGAACAGCUUUGUAGCAAAACCGCGGCCUGUUCUCUCUCUUUCCAAAUCACGCUCGAUAAUCCUUUGGAAAUGUAUCCCGUUGAAGUGGAGAUACUAGACGUAAAUGAUAAUUCACCCAUUUUUUCGAGGAAGGAAUUCCAUUUGCAAAUGAAUGAGUUAAAUGCGCCAGGCGCUCGCUUCCCUCUCGAGAGCGCGCAUGAUCUGGACGUGGGUACAAACACAAUCAACACAUACCAGAUCAAUCCGAACGAGCACUUUGAUAUUAAAGUGCAGACAAGAAGAGGAGGCAGUAAACGGGCCGAACUGGUAUUAAAGAGGCCUUUGGACCGUGAACAACAGUCAAUGUUUACUCUGGUAUUGACAGCCAUCGAUGGUGGGAUUCCGCAGAGAUCUGGCACAGCGCGGAUCAUCAUUAAGGUCAUGGACGCAAAUGAUAACGCCCCCGUAUUCGAUCAUGAAACUUACAGGGCGUCAACGGUAGAAAACACUGUGAAUGGCUCUUUGGUGCUAAGAGUUCAUGCUACUGAUAUUGAUGAAGGGACAAACGCGGAGAUAACAUAUUCUUUCACCCAUGACGUUUCCCAGAAUAUUCGCGAUUUGUUCAAAUUGGAUCCAGUAUCUGGAGAAAUCAGAGUUCGAGGUGUACUAGAUUUUGAAGAAACAAAUGUUUAUGAGUUUGAAGUCCAAGCAAUGAACUCCGCUCCAUCUGAAUUGUCAACUCUUGCAAAUGUUGUCAUCGAUGUUGUUGACACUAACGAUAAUCGUCCUGUUUUACAAGUUACGAUGGUGUCCGGUGCUGUGCGGGAAGAUUCUUCUUCGGGAAUUAGUAUAGCACUGAUCAGCGUCACGGAUCGUGAUUCUGGCGAAUAUGGGGAAGUUUAUUGUGAGAUCCCAGAGAAUAUUCCCUUCAGGAUUGAAAAAUAUUUGAAGGGCAACUACAAGUUGAUUACCAAUGGCAUUCUGGAUCAUGAGAUUACCCCACUGUACAACAUCUCCAUUUCAGCCUGGGACGGUGGAUUUCCUCCUCUUUCCGCAAGUAAAUUCAUUGUGGUUUCAGUCAUUGAUGUCAAUGAUAAUGCACCAAGUUUUACACAAUCAUCAUAUAACGUGUAUCUGAUGGAGAAUAACGCAUCCGGUGCAUCUAUAUUUGCAGUUACUGCAAAUGAUGCUGAUUUGAAUCAGAAUGCGGAAAUCUCUUAUUCCAUUGUCGACAAUCGACAGCAAGAAGAAAUACUUUCCUCUGCGUACUUUACGAUGAACUCCAAAAAUGGGAACAUUUACGCUUUGCGCUCCUUCGACUACGAGCAGCAGAAACAUUUCCAGGUGAAAGUUCAAGCUCAGGAUGCUGGGUCGCCUCCAUUGACCAGCACUACCUUCGUGAACGUUAUUAUUUUGGAUCAAAAUGACAAUGCACCCAUUAUUGUUUCACCUCCAACAUGGAACAACUCAGCAACAGUGGAGGUAAUACCCCAUUCAACAUAUCCAGGAUAUCUGGUCACCAAGGUAAUUGCCACGGAUGAAGACUCUGGUCAGAACGCAAGGCUUUCCUACGAGUUAUUCGAAACCACUGAUUCUAGUCUUUUUACUGUUGGACAUCUCUCUGGAGAAAUUAGAGCAACGCGAGCAUUUAGUGAUCAAGAUAUCAUUGACGUGCGCGUGGUCCUCUGCGUGAAGGACAAUGGACAGCCGAGCCUUUCCAGCAGCGCCACAUUAUCCUUUAUCGUAAUGUCCAAUGUUACUGAGAAAUCAUUUGAACAACGUGAUGAACCCAGAUACUCGGAAUAUUUUUCAGGUAUAAAUAGUUAUCUAAUCAUAAUUUUCGGAUCCACUUCCUUUUUGUUUCUCAUAAUAAUAUUAUUUUUGCUCACCCUGAAGUGCAGACAAGAUAGAAAUGCUGCUGAAAUUUAUAGCUCUGCAGUCUGUUGUUGUAAUGGGAGAAAUUCGACUGAUGGCUUUAAUCGGACACCAGCAGGAAGGGAUCCUUUGAAUUAUAGCGGGGCAGUUCAGGCAGGAAGUUACCAUUACAGUGUGUGCUUGUCACCGGAAUCAUCGAAGAGUGACUUUCUGUUUCUAAAACCUUGUCAUCCUACGUUGCCUUUCAACGAUCGGAGUAUUCAUGACAGCAACAGAGUCACAAUGGGGAACAUUUGUGUGGAUGUAAUAGCAGUCAAAAAUCCAAUGUUCUGGGCACUUGGUUCGAAUCCCAUGGCGGGAGGACGCCUCAAUUUGACAAUGGCAACUACUCUGAUGAGCCGAGUGACCAUCAUUUUUUUGCUCUGCAUUUCUAACCUGGUUUCCGAACAACUUCGCUACUCGAUUCCCGAGGAAAUGGAACGUGGAACCUUUGUUGGCAACGCCGCUGAAGAUCUAGGAUUAAAGGUUUGGGAAUUAGCGAGUCGCAAAUUUCUUCUGAUUUCUGAUUACUCGAAGCAAUACGUGGAGAUAAAUGUAGAAAAUGGUUUCUUAUUUGUUAAUGAAAGAAUCGACAGAGAACAGCUUUGUAGCAAAACCGCGGCCUGUUCUCUUUCGUUCCAAAUCACGCUCGAGAAUCCUUUGGAAAUGUUUCCCGUGGAAGUGGAGAUACUAGACGUAAAUGAUAAUUUGCCCGUCUUUUCGAGGAAGGAAUUCUAUUUGCAAAUCAAUGAAUUAAAUGCGCCGGGCGCUCGUUUCCCUCUAGAGAGCGCGCGUGAUCUGGACGUGGGUACAAACACAAUCAACACAUACCAGAUCAAUCCGAACGAGCACUUUGAUAUUAAAGUACAGACAAGAAGAGGGGGAAAUAAAAAUGUCGAGCUGGUAUUAAAGAGGUCUUUGGACCGUGAAAAACAGUCAAUGUUUACUCUAGUAUUGACAGCCAUUGACGGUGGGAUUCCACAGAGAUCUGGCACAGCGCGGAUCAUCAUUAACGUCAUUGACACAAAUGAUAACGCACCGGUCUUCGAUCAUGAAACUUACAGGGCGACAGUGGUGGAAAAUAUUGCGAAUGGCUCUUUGGUGCUAAAGGUUCAUGCUGCUGAUAUAGAUGAAGGUACAAACGCUGAUGUGACUUAUUCUUUCACCAAUCAUGUUUCUCAAAAUAUUCUUGAGUUGUUCAAAUUGGACCCUAUGACUGGAGAGAUCAGAGUUCGAGGAGUACUGGAUUUUGAAGAAGCCAAUGUUUAUGAAUUUGACGUCCAAGCAAUGAACUCUGCUCCGUCUGAAUUGUCAGGUCUUGCAAAUAUUGUCAUUGAUGUACUUGACACUAACGACAAUAGUCCUGUGUUGCAAGUUACGGUGGUGUCCAGUGCUGUGCGGGAAGAUGCUUCUCCAGGGGUUGGUAUUGCUCUGAUCAGCGUAACGGAUCGCGAUUCUGGCGAAUAUGGGACAGUUCAGUGUCAGAUCCCAGACAGCAUUCCGUUCAAGAUUGAAAGAUCUUUGAAGGGCAACUACAAGUUGAUUACCAAUGGCUUUCUGGAUCAUGAGAUUACCCCACUGUACAACAUCUCCAUUUCAGCCUGGGACGGUGGAUUUCCUCCUCUUUCAACAAGUAAAUUCAUUGUGGUUUCAGUCAUUGAUGUCAAUGAUAAUGCACCAAGUUUUACACAAUCAUCAUAUAACGUGUAUCUGAUGGAGAAUAACGCACCCGGUGCAUCUAUAUUUGAUGUUAGUGCAAAUGAUGCUGAUUUAAAUCAGAAUGCGGAAAUUUCUUAUUCCAUUGUCGACAGUCAAGAAGAAAUACCUUCCUCUGCGUACUUUACGACUAACUCCAAAAAUGGGAACAUUUACGCGUUGCGUUCCUUCGACUAUGAGCAACAGAAACAUUUCCAGGUGAAAGUUCAAGCUCAGGAUGCUGGGUCGCCUCCACUGAGCAGCACUACCUUCGUGAACGUUAUUAUUUUGGAUCAAAAUGACAAUGCACCCAUUAUUGUUUCACCUUUAACAUGGAACAACUCAGCAACAGUGGAGGUUAUGCCACGCUCAACAUAUCCAGGAUAUCUGGUCACCAAAGUAAUUGCCACUGAUGAAGACUCUGGUCAGAACGCAAGGCUUUCCUAUGAGAUUUUGGAAGCCACUGAUCCUAGUCUGUUUACUGUUGGACUUAUUUCUGGAGAAAUUAGAGCAACGCGAGCCUUUAGUGAUCAAGAUAUCUUUGCCGUGCGUCUAGUCCUUUGCGUGAAGGACAAUGGACAGCCGAGCCUUUCCAGCAGCGCCACAUUAUCCUUUAUCGUAAUGUCCAAUGUUACUGAGAAAUCAUUUGAACAACGUGAUGAACCCAGACACUCGGAAUAUUUUUCAGGUAUAAAUAGUUAUCUAAUCAUAAUUUUCGGAUCCACUUCCUUUUUGUUUCUCAUAAUAAUAUUAUUUUUGCUCACCCUGAAGUGCAGACAAGAUAGAAAUACUGCUGAAACUUAUAGCUCUGCAGUCUGUUGUUGUAAUGGGAGAAAUUCGACUGAUGGCUUUAAUCGGACACCUACAGGAAGGGAUCCUUUGAAUUAUAGCGGGGCAGUUCAGACCGGAAGUUAUCAUUACAGUGUGUGCUUGUCACCGGAAUCAUCAAAGAGUGACUUUCUGUUUUUAAAACCUUGUCAUCCUACGUUGCCUUUCAACGAUCGGAGUGUUCGUGACAGCAACGCAAGAAACUAACUUCGACAACAAACUAUUCUUUCUGUUGCAGGAUUCUUACCAGAUUAUCCCUCCAACGUACCACCGUUGUGCGCAACACGCUCGAUGCUUUGUAUGGCUGUUUAAACUUUGAUGCGGGCUGACAGCAUAUCCUGCGAUAGUUCACAAUUACCCACCUUCAAAUGUUCGAGGGAUGUUUGCGCCAGCCUAUAAUUUAGAAGAUUCAAAUCACAAUCCAAAUCUUCUAAACGUAAAAUGCAAGCUGCAUGUCGCGUAUCGUUCAAACGGCAAGCUCUACUGUCCGUGAUGUCCAGCUCUUGAUAACAAAGAUACCUGGCACAAGUUAAAAACGAAAUCCUGUUACUGAUCUCAUGUAUAUCAAUCCGUUCCUCUGCCACUAUUUCAAAGAAUAGGGGAGUGUCCUUGUCAUUAUUCAUCACAGCAUCAAUAAAAUGCUGAUUAAUUAUCCUUUGCCACGUAGCAUUUUGUAGGAAUGUAGAAUCAGAGAACCGUAUUACAGAAGAUGCCAUUCAACCAUCGAGUCAACCCGCCAAAAAUACACUUUAUCUACACUCGCCCCACUUUUCAGCACAAGGCCCUUUCAAUGUUAUGAUGCUUCAAAUUUUCAUCCAAGUCCUCUUAAAUGUGACAUUACCGUCAAAAGUUAACCUUACAAGCAAUUGAUGUCAAAGUUCGUCACACCACCAUGUUAUUUUUAUUUGAAAGGUUCGGCCUGAGUCAAAAAGCUCUUUUAGGGACCCUGAAUCAGAGAAAUGUAUUGUGAAAUCACAAUUUCUUCUCUGCUUUAACUAUUCUUUUAUGUUAUCAAUUGGUUAAUGCUUUGGAUUUUAUUAUUAUUAUCUGGCUAAUGUUCACUUAUUAGUAAAAUAAUUUGAAAAUUAAUAUUGAGAAGGUGAAUGGUUCAUGUCCGCACCACAAGAAGCAUUAUUUUAGAGUUUACAACCACAGUGUCCCUUAUCUGUAAUGCAGAACGACCACCGUUUUGGAGAGAUGUUAAUUGUAUCUACCAAUAUCUUCCUGCUGGCUUAUGUUUGCUGCUGAUUCUUUCAGCAGGCAACUAUUUUGCUCUUCUGUUAAACGAACUGAAAAUGGAAGAACUGUUAUAUUGCUUACAGAGAGUCUGAACAAAU